AUGAAUCCAUCAAAACUUUCAUCUUUGUUGCUCACACUUUCCUUGAUCUUCAUUUCCCAAGCAUCAUGUGCGUUAUAUGAAGAGGUUUGCAAAGCCGCGGCCGAAGAGAGCGCCCGAUGCCUCCAAGUUCUGAAAGACCAGCCACGUAUCGCCUUGGCGAAAAAUGACAUGGAGCUAUCCAAACUUGUCGUGGAGUUCGCACUCAAAAAGGGAACCGAAGCUCAGAAUUACCUAAAGGAAAUGAUGAAAACAAACCCUGCACCCGCAAUUAAAGAUUGCGCGACUACACAUUACGACGGGGUUGUUGGAUCAUUCAGAAGUUCAUUAGGUGAAUUGAAAUCUGAUACAGAAACAGCAAACUAUGAUGCUAAAGCUGCUGGUGAUGGUGCUGAAACUUGUGAUGUUGCAUUGGCUAAGGCAAAGAUUAAUAUUCCUGCCAUUUCUGCUCUGAAUAAAGAGAUAAAGUUGAUUAGUAAAAUUGCAUUUUUAGCAACGGAUAGGCUUCCAGAACAAUAA